UAGAACUUGUUGGCAGUGGCCAACACCUAGUGUAAGCGUGGCUGUGUAUCGAGUGAAAACCUCGAGAGCUGUCCGUUGAAGAAAUAAACCAAAUUUUGUUAAAUUUAGUUUUAGUGGAAGCACAUACGCAAUAUGGCGCGUGUGUUGCCAAUUUUCUCUAUAUUUCUGCUGUGCUGUGCGCUGGCGACAUGCCAGGAUUCCAGAGACAAGCUCGAGGGCAUUGAUGUUGAAGAAGCGUGCGCCGACAGACCCGCAGACGAGUAUUUCCGUUUGGAUACCGAAAGCGAUUGCCGUGAAGUGUACAGAUGUGACAGUGCCGGUGAAAAUGGCAGAACGCGCCUAGCCAAUAUAAAAUGCGCUGGCGGCCUCGCGUUCGAUAUCACAGGGCAGACAUGCGAUUGGAAAUCGAAUGUCAAGAAUUGUGAUCAAGCUGAGAAGCCACGCAAGGUUAAACCUAUUUUGAAGACUGAUGAACCUAUCUGUCCAGAGGGUAAACUGUCCUGCGGUGAUGGUGAAUGUCUCGACAAAGAGCUGUUCUGUAACGGCAAGCCUGACUGCAAGGAUGAAUCCGACGAAAAUGCCUGCUCCGUCGAUGAUGAUCCAAAUCGCGCACCCGAAUGCGAUCCUACACAGUGCGCGCUGCCCGAUUGCUUCUGCUCCGCCGACGGUACACGCAUCCCCGGCGCCAUUGAGCCCGUACAGGUGCCACAGAUGAUCACCAUCACCUUCAAUGGUGCUGUUAAUGUCGAUAAUAUUGACUUGUACGACGACAUCUUUAAUGGUCAACGUCAGAACCCGAACGGCUGCUCAAUCAAGGGCACCUUCUUCGUUUCACACAAGUACACAAAUUACUCCGCUGUGCAAGACUUGCAUCGCCGCGGUCAUGAGAUCUCAGUUUUCUCGCUCACACACAAAGAUGAUCCAAACUACUGGAGUGGCGGCUCUUAUGAUGAUUGGCUAGCUGAAAUGGCUGGCGCUCGUCUUAUUAUCGAACGUUUUGCGAAUAUUACUGAUGGUUCAAUCAUUGGCAUGCGGGCGCCAUACUUGCGUGUUGGUGGCAAUAAGCAAUUCGAAAUGAUGGCCGAUCAAUUCUUCGUGUACGAUGCUUCGAUCACCGCUUCGUUGGGUCGUGUUCCCAUCUGGCCAUACACAUUGUACUUCCGCAUGCCACACAAGUGUAACGGUAAUGCGCAUAAUUGUCCAUCGCGUAGCCAUCCAGUGUGGGAAAUGGUCAUGAAUGAGUUGGAUCGUCGUGAUGAUCCAACCUUUGAUGAAUCACUGCCCGGUUGUCAUAUGGUGGAUUCGUGCUCAAACGUCGCUUCGGGUGAGCAAUUCGCACGUCUUCUGCGUCACAAUUUCAAUCGUCACUACAAUAGCAACCGUGCUCCAUUGGGUCUACACUUCCACGCUUCAUGGCUGAAGUCCAAGAAGGAGUAUCGCGAUGAGCUUAUCAAGUUCAUCGAAGAGAUGCUUACUCGCAAUGAUGUUUUCUUCGUGACAAAUCUGCAAGUUAUCCAAUGGAUGCAGAAUCCAACUGAGCUCAAUUCGUUGCGUGAUUUCCAGGAAUGGAAGGAGAAGUGCGACGUUAAGGGUCAGCCCUACUGUUCGUUGCCUAACGCGUGUCCACUGACGACGAGAGAACUGCCCGGUGAGACUCUGCGUCUCUUCACCUGCAUGGAGUGCCCUAACAACUAUCCAUGGAUCUUGGAUCCCACAGGCGAUGGUUUCUCAGUUUAAGUUCAUUAGUAGAUUAGAAAAGAACACACACACACACACCCUUACGCAUCCAAACACACACACACACGCACACAAAAUGAAAAGUUUAAAGCCGAAAAAAAGGAAAAAUUAGUAAUUUAUACAUAAGCUUGGAAGGAGUUUUACAAAU